AUGACCUUAACGAAAGAGAGCUUCCACAGGGCUCCUCCACCCGCUUCUGAAGUGGUCAAGGCCGACAUGGACAGCACCAGAGAGAAGGAGGAGGCUCCGGGGCAGUCAGUGCCGAGGACUGGAGCAGUGGUGCCCAGGAAGCGAGCGGUGGGAAGGCUGGUCAUGCACAGUAUGGCGAUGUUCGGCCGGGAGUUCUGCUAUGCCGUGGAGGCCGCCUUUGUCACGCCGGUGCUGCUCAGUGUAGGGCUGCCCAAGAACCUCUACAGCCUGGUGUGGCUCAUCAGCCCUAUCCUGGGCUUCGUGCUGCAGCCCGUGGUAGGUUCAGCCAGUGAUCACUGCACCUGUAGCUGGGGCAGGAGGCGACCUUACAUUCUGGGUCUAGGCAUCAUAAUGCUGUUAGGCAUGGCUUUGUACCUCAAUGGGGACGUGAUGAUCUCAGCUUUCAUCGAGGAGAAUGAAAAGCAGCGGACGUGGGCAAUAGUCGUUACCAUGCUGGGAGUAGUGCUUUUUGAUUUUGCAGCUGAUUUUAUUGAUGGCCCCAUCAAAGCGUAUUUAUUUGAUGUCUGCUCUCAUCAGGAUAAAGAGAAGGGUCUGCAUUACCACGCCCUCUUUACAGGUUUGGGAGGAGCCCUGGGUUACCUGACAGGUGCUAUGGAUUGGGGUCAGACUGUACUAGGAUAUUCCUUGGCAUCAGAAUUCCAGGUGAUUUUCCUCUUCGCAGCCUUGGUUUUCAUAAUCUGCCUUACCGUGCAUCUGUGCAGUAUUCCUGAAGUCCCACUCAGAUACAAAAAUGAAGAGGCAAAGUUCUUGUUGGAAGUGACUGAAUCCCAUACAUAUAGCUCCAUAGAGGAGGAAAUCAAGAAUGGAUGCUUAAAAUCAACAUGCACUGAAACAAAGGCUGCAGCUAAACCAGGGAAAUGCGCAGUUGCAUCACAGGAUCAAAGGCAGAUGACCCUUAAAUCACUCUUGAAGACACUUUUAAACAUGCCAUCCCACUAUCGCUGUCUGUGUGUGAGCCACCUCUUUGGAUGGAUGGCUUUUCUGUCCAACAUGCUCUUCUUCACGGAUUUCAUGGGACAGGUUGUAUACCAGGGUAAUCCUUAUGCACCUCACAACUCCACACUUUACCUUACCUACAAAACAGGAGUAGAGAUGGGAUGCUGGGGACUGUGCAUCAAUGCAAUUUCUUCGUCAGUCUAUUCUUACGUGCAGAAAGUUCUUCUGCCAUACAUAGGAUUAAAAGGACUUUAUUUCAUCGGAUACCUGCUUUUUGGAUUGGGUACUGGAUUAAUUGGCUUGUUUCCCAAUGUCUAUUCCACUCUGGCUCUGUGUUCGCUCUUUGGAGUCAUGUCCAGCACACUGUACACUGUGCCAUUCCACCUCAUUGCAGAGUACCACAGGGAAGAAGAGAGCCUGAAGCUGCAGGAUGGGGAACAAGCAGGAGAGCACGGACGAGGGAAGGGCAUUGACUGUGCCGCUCUCACCUGCAUGGUCCAGCUGGCCCAGAUCAUCCUUGGUGUGGGCCUGGGGCUCUUGGUUAGUGUUGCUGGCAGCGCCGUCACUGUGAUUUCGGCAUCCACGGUGGCUCUGGUCGGCUGCUGCUUCGUUGCUUUCUGUGUUCGCUAUGUGGAGUAGGACUGUGAGAAGCGACUGGAAGAAAUCUCCCCAGGGGAGUGUUUUCUUUCUGGGUCCAUGGCACUGGUGCUGUUGCUGUGCUGACAUUGCUGGCACAUCCUCCUCUCUUACCUCCUUGGAUCGGUUGCAAUUCCAGAGCUUUAUGAAACGGAGACUUGAUAAAACUGGUUGCCUAAUGCCUCAGAUGCGUACACACACCCAGUGUAUUCACAUGCUGUGACAUGUGACAGUGUGUCUGCCCACGGUAUUUUGAUGCCCUACAUGAGGAGUCAUUACGAAACUCCUCAAUACCAAUUUGUGGAAGUUAACAGAUGAAGUAUGUGAUAAGCUGAAGUAAUGUAAAAGGACAGAGCUGGGAAGAAAGUUAUUAUUUAUCUUGUUUUUCAGGUAAUUUAAGUUUGAGGCUGUUCCCUCUGGUAGUCAAAACUGCAAGAGGAUCAAGCAGGUAUCGAAGGCCAAGCAGUGUGCAGUUGUGUUAUGAUUAGUAGUACUGCUAAAGGGGAUCAGUUAAUUAUCUGCCACGGUUAAAAGCAGGUUUGGGUGUGAAAAAUGUGUGGCAUAUCAAAAAGAUUGAAGAUAAUUGUUUAAAAACAUGAUUGUAAAGUAAUCAUCUCAUACUGAGUCCUGCUGCUUCAGUAUAAGUGAAGUGAAAGUACUAACUAGGCUUGUCAGGAAAGUCUGCCUAAGUCUGCUCUGCAAAUCCAUGUGUAGGCACCUAAAAAAUGUGUCUGUGGGGAACAGCUGCCAUUUCUUCCUUUUUUAAAAACUGGUCUCUGAAUUUUGAUACUGUAAUUUAAAAAAUAAACUUGGCCAAAGUAAGAAUUUGAUGAAUGGUUGAAAGCCACUUAAAUCUUGGCAUUGGAUAUGACAAGUAUUUACCUAUUUUUCUCUAUUUUCUUCAUGCAUGUAGCUUUGAGUGAAAUGGCAUUUGCUCUUUGCAGAAUAUUGUAAAUAAAUUCAGUUCUGCAAAGCACUAUCAGGAAUUACUGUACAGUAAAUAUGUAAGCCCAGUUGUUUGUAUUUUAUUGCUUAUGAAGCUUCAUUCUUAUUUUUAUAAUAUUGCCAGAGUUUUGGAAAUCCUGUAUUUGUGAAAGUUAUAUACUGUAUUUAUGCUGUGCUUCCUCUGUUCUGAAAACUGUCAUAUCCAUUCACUAUGUUUCAUGUUAAGCCUCAUGAAGAGAUCUGCUAAUGCAAUAUUGUUAAUGAACACUGGGAAACUACUGCCAAAUAUGGUGUUUAUCAUUGGUUGUGGUGGUUUUUUCUUCUUUUUUUUUUUUAAUGUUGCACAUGUGUAAUCAACACUAUUCAGUCAAAUGCAAUGUUGAGCUAAUCAGAUCUUAGAAGCUCUGCAAGAUAUGAACUUACAACACUACAAAUAAAUGGUUAGAUUUGAGCAUCAAGUGCCUCCAGAGAUGCAUCAACUUCAUCAUUUUUCUAUGUUUUGAAGAGUAGAGUGAGUCAUUUAUUCUCAGGAAAACCAGUUUUCCCCUAGUUAAAUUCUUAUUAAUUAUAACAAGCCUAUGGAAGCCUCACCUACAUUUUCUUGUUGAUGACUGUGUCCCCAUUGUAGGCUCAAAAAGAGGGUCAGUGCAUGGCAAACCUCACUAGAGCAUCUUCAUCCUGCCUUAUGAAGAAACUACGUUUUACAUUUUCAUUUGUUUUGUGGCUCAUCAUGUCACAUCCAUGGAAGAAAAAAGACUGAGGAAGAUUGAGUCCCUGGACUAUGCUUAAAACACUGUGGGUGCUGAGAUGGCUGGAGCACAAGGGUCUCAAUGAGGACAAACAGGAGAAAGCCAGAAGAUGAAGGAUUGUUGUCUUCUCAAUUCAGUUUAUGCCAUCAUUAACUCACUAACUUCCAUUAACCCAGUACCUCCUGGGAGGAAAAAUAUUUAUGGGAAAAAUGAGGCUUCUAUGAAGCCAUAAAAAUAGAGGUGAUCUGGUUUUAUAGGACUGCACCACAUAAACCUGUGCUCCAGAAGCUGUGGUUGUAAAGCUCUGAUUCUACUGUGAGGCUGGGAAAGAAAUUUUGCAAUGUUUACCGAUGUCUUUGUCAAUAUUUUCUUUGAGUUUUAAUGCCAUCUGAACAUUAGCAUUAAAAUGGUCAGUGUUAUCUCUGCUCUGUUGCACAAAGAGAACGCUGGCAUUGAUUCAGGCCCACAAAGUGACUGUAGAGCUGUAGCAAUGUAAGAAGAGUUGUGAACCUGCAGAGAGAAGAGGGAGGUGCCCAUCAUGUAUAUCAAUGCUUUUAUUUAUAAAUGUAUUCGAAGAAAACGGUUUCAGAAAUUCAUAUUGCCAUCUUUCUUAUGAACUUUCCCUUUAAAAUCCACUGCAAGCUACGGAAGACAG